GGCGUCCGGGCCGGGGUCGAGGUGUGUCGCGGGCGGGGUGUCGCAGGGCGUGUCACGAGGUGAGCGGGGGGGGCCGCGGGCCGCGGGAGGGAGCGCCCAGGGCCGCGCGGGGCUGCAGCUCCGCGCCCCCUCCCCCCGCCGCAGUCGGCAGGCCUUUCCCCGGAGAAGAUGGCGGAUCGGGCGGAGAUGUUUUCUCUUUCCACCUUUCAUUCGCUGUCGCCGCCGGGCUGCAGGCCUCCCCAGGACAUAAGCCUGGAGGAGUUUGACGACGAAGACCUGUCCGAGAUCACCGAUGACUGCGGCCUGGGCCUCAGCUACGACUCAGACCCCUGCGAGAAGGACGGCCUCUCCCUCGGGCGCCCGGAGCGGCCACACCCCAUCUGCUCCUUCCAGGAUGACUUCCAGGAGUUUGAGAUGAUCGACGACAACGAGGAGGAGGAGGAGGAGGACGACGACGACGAGGGGGACGAGGAGGAGGAGGGGGGAGGCCCUGGCUCUGUGGCCCCGGCCCCGGAGGCCCCGUUUCCCAGCCCCUCCCCGGAGGAGCCCCACAAGCACCGGCCCACCACGCUCCGCCUGCCCCCGCUGGGAGCCCAGGACUCCCUGAACAACAACGGAAGCUUCGCCCCUGCGCCCCCAGCGUCCUGGCAGGAGACCGGGCUCCGCUCGCCCCGCCGGGAGGCCCCCACCGAGCCGCCCGGGCACGCAGGCUGCGACGGCGACGGGAACCGGCCGGGGGAGCCCCUGGCGCCCCAAGGCGGGGCCUCGCCCUCCUCAGACCCGGGCAUCGAGGCCGACCUGGGCAGCCGCUCCAGCGGAGGCCGCGGGGGCAGGCGCAGCAGCCAGGAGCUGUCGUCGCCCGGCUCCGACUCGGAGGGGGAGGCCGGGCAGGCGGGGCGCGUGAGGGGCGCGCCCGCGGGCCGCAUGAUCUCGUCCAUCUCCGAGACGGAGCUGGAGCUGAGCAGCGACGGCGGCAGCAGCAGCGGCCGCUCCUCGCACCUCACCAACUCCAUCGAGGAGGCCUCCUCGCCCGCCUCCGAGCCCGAGCCCGAGCCCGAGCCCCCGCGCCGGCCCGCCUUCCUGCCCGUGGGCCCCGAGGACACCAACAGCGAGUACGAGUCGGGGUCCGAGUCGGAGCCGGACCUCAGCGAGGACGCCGACUCGCCCUGGCUGCUCAGCAACCUCGUGAGCCGCAUGAUCGCCGAGGGCUCCUCGCCCGUCCGCUGCCCCGGCCAGUGCCUGUCCCCCGCGCCGCGCCCCUCGGGGGGGUUGGUGUCGCCGGCCGGCGAGGCCCCCGAGGCGGCCGCAGGGCCGGGCGGCGUGGAGCUGGUGGACAUGGAGACGCUGUGCGGGCCGCCGCCCCCCGCGCCCCCCGCGCCCCGGCCAGGCCCCGCGCAGCCCGGGCCCUGCCUCUUCCUUAGCAACCCCACCCGCGACACCAUCACGCCGCUCUGGGCUGCCCCCGGCCGCGGCGCCCGCCCGGGCCGCCCCUGCUCGGCCGCCUCCUCGGAGGACGAGGACGAGGACGAGGAGGACGCCGAGGGCCGGCUGGGCCCCCCCGGCGCCCGGGCCGCGGGCCCCGCCGCUGCGCUGGACGCCUCGCUGGUGUACGACGCGGUCAAGUACACCCUGGUGGUGGACGAACACACGCAGCUGGAGCUGGUGAGCCUGCGGCGCUGCGCCGGCCUGGGCACCGGCAGCGAGGAGGACAGCGCCGGCGAGGCCAGCGAGGAGGAGACGGGGGCCGCGUCGCUCGGUGGCGGGCAGGCUGCAGGGGACGCCUCCCCGGACAGUCCCGGCCUCACCUUCUCCAAGAAGUUCCUCAACGUCUUUGUCAACAGCACCUCUCGGUCUUCCAGCACAGAGUCCUUUGGCCUUUUUUCCUGCCUGAUCAAUGGGGAGGAGAGAGAGCAAACCCAUCGGGCUGUCUUCAGGUUCAUUCCCCGCCACCCUGAUGAGCUGGAGCUGGAUGUGGACGACCCAGUACUUGUGGAGGCCGAGGAGGAUGACUUCUGGUUCCGUGGCUUUAACAUGCGCACGGGCGAGCGUGGGGUCUUCCCUGCCUUCUACGCCCAUGCAGUGCCUGGACCUGCCAAGGACCUGCUGGGGAGCAAGCGGAGUCCCUGCUGGGUGGAGCGUUUUGAUGUGCAGUUCCUGGGCUCAGUGGAGGUGCCCUGUCACCAGGGCAAUGGCAUUCUGUGCGCAGCCAUGCAGAAGAUUGCCACUGCCCGGAAACUGACUGUCCACCUGCGUCCUCCUGCCUCCUGUGACCUUGAGAUUUCUCUUCGGGGGGUCAAGCUGAGUCUAAGUGGAGGACCUGAGUUCCAGCACUGCAGCCACUUCUUCCAGAUGAAGAACAUCUCGUUCUGUGGCUGCCACCCCCGCAAUAGCUGCUACUUCGGCUUCAUCACCAAACACCCUCUGCUGAGCCGCUUUGCCUGUCACGUCUUUGUGUCCCAGGAGUCCAUGAGGCCUGUGGCCCAGAGUGUGGGCCGAGCCUUCCUGGAGUAUUACCAGGAGCACCUGGAGUACGCCUGCCCCACAGAGGACAUCUACCUGGAGUAGCCGCCCGCUGCUCACCUGCCCCAGGUGCAGCGGGGGCCGGGGCGUCGGAGAGGCCAGACGGGGGGCAUGAGGGACCUGGCACCGGGGAGUCUCCGGGGCCUUGUGGGGACGUUCCUUCUUGCUCCCCAGAGGCUGCAGAGAGUGGAGCCUGAGCCGCCCGCUUUCCCUGACUGUUCCCUCUUGAGUCUUCUUGCCCAUCCCUUGACCUCUCCCCUCCUCAGGCCUGUCUCUGCCCCUCUGUGUGCCUGCAAAUUCUCGCCCUCUGCUCUUUACUUUGGGGUCAGAACUGGGGGGGACGUGGAGGGAGGUGAGGCUCCAGGUGACCCCCUCCUGCCCCUCCCUGUGAUUUAUAAAGGAAUUUUAAUUUUUAUAGUGAAUCUCAAGGGAUCAUCCCGUCCUUAACUGCAGGGACAAAGAGAGGCACCCUCAUACUGCCCCACAUGGCACUCAUGGGGAGCAGGGAGGGGUUCACCAGAGGGUCUUGGGGGGACUAGGAGUAGUUCUUGAUGCUCACCCCAAGCCCCCCGAUGAUGCUGGGAGGAGGGUGCCCCACCCCGGGCCCCAGCCACACCGGCGUCUGCUUUGCCUCUGCAAACGCUCCCCGCAGCCCAGCACCUUAAUAAACUCUCUGCUUGGUGUGA